CUAUCGUAUUACCAUAUAACCACUACUAUAUUUAUUAUUACUUUUUUAAAUAAAUUUUUUUUUUAUAAUAAAUUUAUAAUUUUUAUUAUUUUCAAAGUAAAAUUUUUUUGCGAACGAUCCCUAAAAUCACACACCCAAAAAAAUUCAAAUCAAAAUCUUCUCCCUCAAUAUGGCAUUUCACGUCGCUUGCCCAAUUACAUGUCGCCGAAUCUGUUUCUGUCCCUUAGGGUUUCCCCGGAGCCUUGGGACUGCGAAAUCCAAGAAUGACUUCCUCGAAGAAGUUCGCAAAGUUGAGGAGUUUCUCAAAGACCCUUGGGGAAUUAGGGUUCGGGAGGAGAAAGGGACAGUUCAGGUUGCCGUUCCGAGAGUUGCGCCUCCUCCGCCGCCACCUCAACCGCUUGUUCCGGUGGUCGCCGAUGGGGUCGAUGAGGAAGCCGCCUUGGCUAUGUCGGCGCAGAACAAGCGCGCCGCCCUGCAGCGUAAGGCAGCUGCUGCUAUGGUUGCGGCUGAGGACUAUGCUCGCCGCUUUGAGUCCGGUGACUUGGCGGAUGUUUCAAGAGGUUCUGCGGGGGAAGAGCAGGGUCAAUCCAAUGUUAAUGUUAUGUGCCGGAUAUGUUUUUUUGGUGAGAAUGAGGGAAGUGAGAGAGCAAGAAGGAUGCUUUCUUGCAAAAGUUGUGGCAAGAAGUACCACAGGAACUGCUUGAAAAGUUGGGCUCAACAUAGAGAUCUCUUUCAUUGGAGUUCAUGGACAUGCCCCUCUUGCCGAAUUUGCGAGGUCUGUCGAAGAACUGGAGAUCCUAACAAAUUUAUGUUCUGUAAAAGGUGUGAUGGUGCUUACCAUUGUUACUGCCAGCAUCCAUCACAUAAGAAUGUUAGCUCUGGACCUUAUUUGUGCCCCAAACAUACAAAGUGCCACAGCUGUGGCUCCAAUGUCCCAGGAAAUGGCCUAAGUGUCAGGUGGUUUCUGGGAUACACUUGCUGUGAUGCAUGUGGAAGAUUGUUUGUGAAAGGGAACUACUGCCCUGUUUGUUUGAAGGUUUAUAGAGAUUCAGAGUCAACACCAAUGGUUUGCUGUGAUGUUUGCCAGCGCUGGGUGCAUUGCCAGUGUGAUGGAAUCAGCGAUGAGAAAUAUUUGCAAUUUCAAGUGGAUGGAAAUCUUCAGUACAAGUGUGCCACAUGUCGUGGAGAGUGUUAUCAGGUCAAGGAUCUUGAGGAUGCAGUAAAAGAACUAUGGAGGAGAAGAGACAAAGCUGAUCGAGAUCUAAUUGCAAGCUUGAGGGCUGCUGCUGGGUUGCCAACUCAAGAAGAUAUUUUUUCUAUUUCUCCUUAUUCAGACGAUGAAGAAAGUGGUCCUGUGGUAUCGAAGAAUGAAUUUGGACGUUCCUUAAAGUUAUCUUUGAAAGGGAUGGUUGAUAAAUCACCAAAAAAGAAUAAGGAUUAUGGGAAGAAAUCUUACAGUAAAGUGUCUGUUAAGAAGAAAGGAUAUCAGGGAUCAAUAGGUGGUAAUACAGAGCCGAGCCAGAGUUUUGAAGGACACAAAGAUACCCAAUCUUUUGGUUAUAGAUUGGGUCAUGAGAAGAAUGAUGGAGUGCAGUCUUAUGGAAAUGAGGUACCUGAUACAUGUUCUUCACCAAUUGCUGGAAGUCAGAGUCAAACGGAAGAGAUUUGCUCUAUUAACCAGCCAGGGGUUUUGAAACAUAAGUUUGUUGACGAGGUAAUGGUGAGUGAUGAAGAUAGGACUUCCAGAGUGGUUCGAAUCAAGAAUAGCAAAUCUAAUGAUUUGGAUAGUGGAGAGGAUUCUGGAAAGCAUGCUGGGAAGUCAAAGCCUGUGAAAGGAAAGAAGCUAGUGAUAAAUUUAGGUGCACGAAAAAUAAAUGUAACCAACUCCCCAAGAUCUGAUGCUUCAACUGGCCAAAGGGAACAAGAUUUGGUGGCAUCCAAUGGCAGUGAAGACACAAGUCGUCAUAGACAUGAUGGCUCUGCUAAACAUGUUGAUGACAGAAAUGAUAACUCUGGUCAAUUAAAGGGUUUGAAGGUUGCUGGAAGAGAAGGGAAUUUUAUUAAGUUGGGAAAAAUUAGAUCAGGAAUUUCUGAUUCCAGCAAAUCUGGUCAAGGGAGAAGUGCUGAUGCAUAUGAAAUUACUAUGCCAGAGCAUUCACAAACUUUAUCAGGGAAACGAAGCAUUGAAGGAAGCACAGCUGCAGUUGGGCCUCUAGGUGAUGCCCCUGUUUUAAGAAGUGACAGGGUAUAUUCAGGCAAACAAUCAGAAAGUAGACCUGAUGUGUCUGUUGAAAACAUUGACGACUCUGGCCAUACACCUGUUUCACAUUCUUUGCCCAAAGAUUCCAAACCUUUGCUGAAGUUUAAAUUUAAGAAGCCUAAUGUUGAAAAUCAGAAUUCUCCUCUACAGGAGGAAGAAAAAAGUUCUAUCAAGGGCCAGAGGUCAAAACGAAAGCGGUCAUCAUCAUUUAUUGAUAAAAUAUCUCUCAGUGAAGAUGAUGAUGCCUCACAAUCACAACAAGACAAUUUAAUGGAUGAGAUUAUGGAUGCUAACUGGAUAUUGAAAAAGUUGGGUAAAGAUGCAAUUGGAAAGCGAGUUGAAGUUCAGCAGUCAUCUGAUAACUCGUGGCAUAAGGGCGUGGUUUCUGACCUAAUUGAAGGCACAUCAACCUUAUCUGUUAAUUUAGAUGACGGUAGAGUAAAAACUCUGGAACUUGGGAAGCAAGGUGUUCGAUUUGUAUCUCAAAAGCAGAAGAGAUCUAGAACAUAAAGGCUGGAAGAUUCCAUGGCUGGACAAACUUUAUUUAUGGCCAUAGGCGAGAGGAAAAAAGGGGCUUAUGUAGUUUUUUUCCUUUAUAUAAAUAAUAUUAAUUAAUUUAUGUCAACGAUAUAUUUAAAUUUAUUUUUCUUCCUUUGA